CCUUUAUGGGCAUUACCAUCUGAUCUCCGUCGCAAGAUCUGUCGGCCGAGAUGAUUUCGCAGUUUUCUUUCUCAGAGGCGGCUCAUGGCGACACUGUGCUUUCUCCCAUCGGCUUGAUUUCAUUGUGAUUUUCUAAAUUGAGGAUAUGAUUUUCUGAGCCAUGGGAAGGGAGAGAAGAAAGCUUAGCUUGAGCUUGAAUUAUGAUUCAUCUGAGAAAUGCAGGCAAAUGUUGAUGCACAUCUCCUGUUGUUCAAGUAAACUUUUUCUGAUUCGCCACUACAGUAUCUUGUCCGUUCAAUUUCUGUCUGAUUGAUGGCCUUUUUUCGUUCAAAAUCAUUGUUUGGUGUUGAUGAGAACACGGGAGCUGCAAAUCAUAGGUAUCAAAUGCCAAAGACGAGUACUUGGCGUGAACAUGGUGGACUUGACUUUGUAUUCAGCUUGCUGGAGAAAAUUUCAUCGACCAUUGGUGUGAAAGACAGUUUCUUUCAGAAUAAUCAGACUCUCUGUUUCUUCAGAAAUGGCUCGAGAAUUGCAUCUGAUCUGGAUGAUUUUCUGUGUUCAUCUGAUUGGCUUCUCAAGUCAACAGGAAACGGGGUUUAUCUAUAAACGUUUUGGUGAAACAGGCCAUGGAGUUGCCAAAGGAUUGUUGAAGUUGACCGAUGGAUCCAGAGUGAAAAUGGGUCAUACCUUCUUCAAGAACCCUUGCAUUCGUUUUACCGACAAUCAUAAUGUAUUUGGCUCUUGGAGCAGUUAUUGUCUAUCUGGAAAGGAAAUGGUAUAACAAGGAUGGACUUGUCAGAAAAAGAGGUUUCAGAGAAGUAAACAGAGGAACUCCGAUAGAGACGAGAAGAGAAAGAAGAAGAAAGGAGAGGAAGAAUCGAAAAUGAAUCAACUCUCAAGAACAAUGGGAUAACUAUUUGUGGGAUUCUUUCUCAAUCUCUCUGCAAUCCUUUUGAGUUCAACCGAUAUGUCGAUAUGUAUAAAACUCAGAUAUGAAGCUGUAACAUAAGAAUAUUUAUUCCACUUUAUACAGCUCUUUUGCACUACUUGUCUCUGUGACUUUCUGUGUUUCCCUUCUUUCAAGUUUGCGCAAUUGAGAAACCCUAGAAGCUUCAGUGUAGUAUGUCCACCACUGUCGCUAAAUCUCUAGGCAUAGAUGACGCUGCAUCUGUUUCCCCCAUGCCUCAAUUGCAGUGUGUUGAGCAAUUCCUAGCUAGAAAUUGUAAUGAGUUGAUAGGGCUAUAUUGAUCGAUCUGUUCCCAAAAGGCAGAUAAUGUGAUGUAUGUCUCUUGUUGUUCAAGGUCAACUCUUUGGGAUUUGCCACUGCAGCAUAUUGUCCGUUCGAUUUCUGCCUGAUAAUCAUGUCUUAUUGAUGGCUUUUCCU